UGUCACUGGUACGAUGGGGUUCUUCGACCUGAACGUCCCCUACGACGCCGCCUCUUCGCCGUCCGGCAAGGCCGACCGCGUCCGCAUCGCCACCAAGGCGAUGGAGCUCGGCUACGACGGCGUCGCCUACAACCGCUCGAUGCGCGGCGUCAUGUCCGAGCGCGACCGCUGCUCCAUCCCGCCCCUCUCCCUCGCCGCGCUCCUCAAGGUCGCCCCCUCGCUCUCCUCGUCCGUCUCCCUCCACCGCGGCCUCCUCGGCCUCCCCCUCGCCUCCGCCUUCCGCCAGUACACGCGCCUCACCGUCCUCGCCGAGACCGUCGCCCAGGCUCAGGUCCUGAACUCCGGGAACCCCGUUCUCAAGACCUACGACCUGGUCGCCGUCAGGCCUUUGAACCAAGCCGUGUUCGAUCACGCUUGUGAGAAAUCCGAGGUAGAUAUAAUUGCAAUUGAUUUCUCGGAGAAGUUGCCCUUUCGCUUGAAGCUCCCCAUGGUUAAAACUGCUAUUGAGCGAGGAGUAUAUUUUGAGAUCUCCUACUCAAGUCUCAUCUCAGACCCUCAGAUGAGGAGACAAGUGAUAUCGACUGCUAAGCUACUGGUGGAUUGGACGCGUGGAAAAAAUCUUAUUAUUACAAGUGCUGCAUCUUCUGUCAAUGAAAUUAGAGGGCCUUGUGAUGUUGCAAAUGUGUUGUCCUUGCUUGGUAUUUCCAUGGAACAAGGGAAAGCUUCUAUCUCCAAGAAUUGUAGGGUUCUUAUUGCAAAUGCUUUAAAGAAGAAGAAAUUCUUCAAGGAGGCCAUCAGAGUUGAGGCCAUGCCAUCAUCCGAAAGAUUAGGCUCUGAGGAACUCUGGUCUGGUGACCUGCUUAAGUGGGAUCCUCUCUCCAGUGGCGAUGGUGAUAUUCUUUUAGAUGACUUAAAAAAGUCCUUCUCUAUAUCAAAUAAAGUGUCCGGAACUGUGAAAGCAAUUGAUUUCAAUUCAAUUAUUAACAGCAUGUCAUCAGAGGGUUUUCAAGUUAAGGAUUUGACAUAUGGAAAUAAGGCAGCUGAACUUUCGUUAGAUCAGAGUAAAACUUUGCAAUGUGCUUCUCGGGUAGUGAGCUCAUUCACCAGGGAUAAUGAGAGUUUAGAGCCUGGAAAGCUUGAUGGAUUGAAUAUACUUUCUAAACAGAAUCAGAGUCCAUUGUUUGGUACAUCCACGCUGCAUCGAAUGCCCAGCAACAAAGUUUCUGAGAAACCAGUUCUGCUGAGUGAAGCUGUUGAUGUUGCAGAAGACAGAGAGGAGAUUGGUUCUAUAAAAGGUGAGAAUUUAUAUACAAAUGCAUUAAAAGGGCAUGUUAACUCAAACCGAGUUGAUAUGGUUAGGUUGGAAUCAUCACAGCCUGCCUCACCUGAUCAAUCUAUUGCAGCCUUAUGGCAUAAAAAUGCUGUAUCUGAGGCGCUGGUGAAGGAUGCUGGUUUACAGACUCCUUGUUGUGAUGAUAGUAAGUUUGUUGUUUCCACUCCAUAUAUAUGGGACACCAUUCUUCCUGCCUCUCUGAAUAGAGGGGUGCCUCAGGGCUUAGACAGCUGUGCAGUGCGGAAUGGUGAUCCUUUGGAAAAAGAUCAAGAGUCUCAGGAUUCAAAAAGUGCAGAGGCAUUUUCUGGUAUACAUUGUGCUACAGAUGAAAAAACAAUGGAGAGUCUGGAUUUAAGGCCUCGAGAAGAGUUAUGUUUGGUCUCUGAUAAUUUACUUUCUUGUGAAGAUGUAUCAGGUUCUAGACAAGUAAGGGAACAUACGGAUGAUGCAACCUUAUGUGAAGAAGUAAUGCAUUCUUCAAAAUGUGAUGAUUCUAUUGAAUUAAAUGAUGAAUCAGAAAGUGACGAGUCACUGGAGGGGGUUGCUGUGGAACCUCAGACACUUGAGCAAGGGGAUGCAGGAAUUUCUCAGCCUAAUUUGAAUUUAAUGUCAUCAGAUGAAGGCAGAACAAGGCGGAAGUUGCGUUAUCGAUCUGUUGCUUUUCCGCUCAAGCGCUUGUUGAGUCCUGUUCUUUUCAAAAAGAAAGCUCGAAAACAUCGGAGAAAGUUUUGAAACUCUUAGCAGACUAGCAUGGCAAAGAUGAUAAGCUUCGUUUUGGAGGGCUAUUGGCAGAAAGAGCUGGCACAUGUUAAAGAUGGCAUAUUAUGUCUACACUGUUUCAUUACAAUUAAGAUUAUCAUUUUACUUUUUGCCAUGUUUCAGUAUAUGAGGGGGGUAAAUUACCAGCAGAAGCUUUGCGGCUUUGCCUAUUUUUCGCUGCAUCUUUGUGUGUUGGUUUUGGCAAUUUUACGUAUUGUUAACAUUAUUUUUUGGAUACUGGAGUUUCAUUACAAUUUCUGAAGAUAGAAAGAAUUGAGAGUUCUUUGCC